AUGGAGAAGACGCCGAUACUGCUGGGCCGAGAGCCUCUCCGCCACGAUGAAGGCGCGCUACGCGGGAGGCACCACCUGCUACUGGCGACCGCGGGGUUGCUGCUCACUCCCAUGCUGCUGCUCGCCACGGUCUUCAGCUGGAAGGGCAGUGUAUCCGUUCGCACGAGCGACUUCGUGGAUCAGCAGCCCACGCUCAAUGUGGACGUCGCUCCCUCGAAUCUGCUGGCGCAAUGCGACGAGAAGUUCUUCACGCAGACGCUCGACCACUUCGACGUCGGGGCACCCACCUACCUGCAACGAUACUUCGUCUGCGACCGCCACUUCCGGCCCGGAGGCGUCAUGUUCUUCUACGUCGGCAACGAGGCCGACGUCGAGCUCUACCUCAACCACACCGGCCUCAUGUGGGAGAACGCCGACGAGUUCGGCGCCAUGCUCGUGUUCGCGGAGCACCGCUACUUCGGCAAGUCGGUGCCGUUCGGCAGGAACGUGACCAAACACAUGCGCUACCUGUCGACGGAGCAGGCGCUGGCGGACUACGCGGUGCUGAUCACGCGCUUGAAGGAGGAGUGGCAGCGCGAUAUCCCGGUGAUUGGCUUCGGCGGUUCGUACGGCGGCAUGUUGGGGUCUUGGUUCCGCAUGAAGUACCCGCACAUUAUUGACGGCGUCAUCGCGGCGUCCGCCCCCAUCUUAUCGUACUUCGGUGAUGAAGUAGCGCAUGACCUUCGCGGAUAUUCGCAGGUGACAACGUUCGAUGCUUCUCCUGCUGCCGGGUCUGCUCAGAACUGCGUGCCUAACGUCCGUCGAGCAUGGCCGACAAUGAGAGCUUUUGGCAAAACCACCAGCGGCCGCCGGAAGUUGAAAGAGGCGCUCGUACUCUGCGAGGACACUCCGCUAGACACGGACGAAGCUAUCGACGCGGUGAUGCAGUGGGCGAAAGACUCGUUCGAUUCCAUGGCUAUGGGCAAUUACCCGUAUGCUUCUUCGUACAUAAUGAACGGGGUGAGUGAGCUGCCUGCGUAUCCGAUGCGAGUGGCCUGCUCGCACUUGCAAGAUGCUUUCGACGAGACCGAAGACGGCGACUUCAAGCUGCUGCGAGCUUUUGCGAAGACAAUUGGGGUGUACUACAACAGCACGAAGGACAAGGAAUGCUUCCAGUUGAAGGCGCCAUCGGCCGAGGAUGCUGUAGACAGCGACUUCUGGGACUAUAUCUACUGCGCCGAGUUGUACGGCCCAACAACAACGGACGGAGUAGCGGAUAUGUUUUGGUAUGCGCCGUGGAAUUACACUGCGGACAAUGCGAGCUGUCACGCAGAGUGGGGAAUCGAUGCACGCAUUGCAUGGCCAACCAUUCACUUCGGUGGACGCCGAUUCUUGGAGGUUGCGAGCAACAUCGUCUUCAGCAAUGGGAACUACGACCCAUGUUCAGCUACGGGUGUGCUGCAGAACUACUCGGACUCGGUGGUCGCCGUGCUCAUCGACGGUGGUGCGCACCACCUCGACCUCAUGUUCAGCAAUCCGCUCGACCCGGAGCCAGUCAAAGCUGCCCGGGCCGCCGAGAAGCAGCACAUGAAGAGGUGGGCCGAUGAGUUCUACGCGCACAAAGCCGCCUUGGACGUCGAGAAGUUGUUGUAG